AUGUAGCAGCCUGCUGAGAUACGCGUAGAUAGAUAAAGCCCCAAGUUGCUGACCCUGAAUCAGUUCUUUCGGUUCUGUCAAUGGCGACAGUAUCGUGUUUGUCUGGUCCUGGGUCAGUUCUUUGGAGCACAGACUACCCGGUGCAUCGAAAUCCACCCCAUCGUCAAAGAUCGGAUAAGUAAAACCGAGUAGCUUGCUAGGUCACAUUAGUCGAAUAAAAGUAGCGACACGGCAGCCACCAAGAUGUCUGCGAUGCCAUUCAGAAGAGCUGUACUACUUCUGCUGUUUUCAGUGUCGUUAACGCUCACUUUAGGUUUCGGACUCCCUGCUUUAUUGAAUACUGUCGCCAGAUUAAGCGGGUUUCCUGAAGCUAGCGUAACCGAAUGCAUCGUGAUACUGUAUUUAUUUUUCGUUUUAUACGUGGCUCUGCCGCCGGUUCCCAGAGGAUCUGUGAAGACUCAAGGGAAGGCCGUGUUUAUUACUGGCUGCGACAGUGGAUUUGGAUUUGCGCUGGCGAAAUACCUCCAUAAACUGGGUUUUACCGUCUUUGCCGGGUGCCUUCUGAAGGAGAGUGGCGGUGAUGGCGCCACCGCAUUGGAGGGUCUCCACUCCGACAGGAUGAAGGUGGUGCAGCUGGACGUGUGCAGUGAGGAGCAGGUGACGCAGGCUGUCGAGUUCGUCAAGGAGAACCUUGAGGACCCUGAGAGAGGUCUGUGGGCCUUGGUGAACAAUGCUGGCAUCUCUGCGUUUGGAGGGGUGGAGUUCACCUCCAUGGAAACAUAUAAGCGGGUGUCAGAAGUCAACCUGUGGGGCACCAUCAGUGUGACCAAAGCCCUGCUACCCCUCAUCCGCAGGGCUGAAGGUCGGGUGGUGAACAUGGCCGGCAUGUUCGGGAGAAUGGGCCAUGGGCAGCGCUCGGCGGACUGCAUUUCCCAGCAUGCCGUGGAGGGCUUCUCCGACUGCCUGCGCCAUGAGAUGAAGCCGUGGCGGGUCACAGUAAUCGUGGUGGAGCCCGGGAACUUCUCCGCCGCCACAGGGAUCCUGACCCGUGACACCGUGGCGGCCGCGGCGGACAGGCUGUGGGCCGAGGCGCCGGCGGGGGUCCAGGAGGACUACGGGAAAGCCCACUUCGAGCGGCACGUGGCCUCGGUGCGGGCCUACUGCGGCGGGGGGGAGAGGGACACAGCGCCCGUCAUCAGCGCCAUCGCAGAUGCUGUCCGGUCGCGCCACCCCUUCACCCGCUACAACCCCAUGGAGACGCACUGGUGGAUCCGCAUGCAGGUCAUGACCCACCUACCAGCCGCUGUCUCUGAUUGGCUGUACUUCUGAAGAAUAGGACGUAUUGGCUGUAUGUUUUAAAAUAAGAUCUGUAUAUUUCUACUGCUCGGAACCAUGAUCAGGGUCACUUUUGUGCACUAGAGUCAGUGUAAAGCAAUACAAUGCAGUUUUUUAUAUCCUAUAUAGGCAAAUUAUACUCCUGCCAGCUGUCUUUCGAAUUUCUACCUGCAGACAAAAUAUUCAGGAUCACCUAUUUUAUUGGAACUUGUUAUACUGUUAUACUGUCAUUGUUUAACUGUUUACUUUGUCUUAAUCAAUAGACCAUAGAUUUUCCAACAACUGUAGCAACUCCACGGCCGCUAUACAUAGCAGCGGGUGUCGGUUGGCAUGGUAAUCAUGAAGUACAGCAAUACUAUGUUUUUUCUUUGUGCCUUUGUGAGGGUCUUUAGAGGGACCAAGAUGUCCGAACAAGUGAAACUCCCCGCUGCUCGCAUUUGGUUGGCGCCAGGUCUUUUUAAUUCUGUCUGACGGCACAGGAUCAGGAGAGAAGUGAAUCGAUUCUCUCGGCGUUUCACUCUUAAAAAAAUGGGCAUUGUGCAUUUCAGCUUUUCAGAAUGAGGAGUCGUAUUCAUGAAGUCAGAGGCAAAAUCUCUGAGAAGCUGUGUCUGUAGAGAAGUUUAUACAGUUGAAUAUAUUUGGACGAAACUUGGUUAAUGAAGACCAGCUGUCGCAGGAGGAAAUAAAAGAUCGUUGUUCAUUUGAAUGCAGCACUUAAAAUAGACUAAAGUGACUCCAUUUUACUUGGACUGCUGCCCAGGGUUGCCAGCUAGAGGCUGUAUUUUUGUGUCAGUGAAAAUAUUUUGUGAUCAUUCAUUUAACUAAUAACCACUACUAAUUCAAUCAGUAUUUUUGGAGAUAUUUUUCCUGCUUUGUUAAGGUUACUGUUAAUGUUACAUCUUCAAGAUAUUUAUGUGCUAUAAUUGUAAAAUCAGAUUCCAAAGAUUGAAUGUUUUCAAUUCUAGACCAUGGUGCCUUUAGUGUUGACCGUGACACAUGCCAUAUUUUCAAGCCCACUAAUAAGCUUAACCACUAUCUUAUCAGAUGGUGGAAAGUUGUUUACAUUUAUUCGCGCUUCUCAAAUUGGACACCAGAGGGCAGAGUUGAGCAGAGGUAAUUUAGCUGUGCUCUGUCACCACUCACCUCAGUUUAGUUAAGUUUGGCAUCUGUCAUUUGCACCACAAAUCUUUCAAGGUUCAAAGGGUCUGCUAGCACCUAAGUGUGUGGGGCCUUGCGUGUUGGCAAUUUCCACAACAUUGUCACAUUGUCUUAAGAAUUGUUUGAUAAAUUUUGCACUAUGCAUGUUAAAUAGUUCCUUUGACCUGCCAUUUUGUAAACAUCUGCCUGCAACAUGAAGGCUCAUUUGCACCUACAUGUUUAAUGCAAAUGUAAAAAUAUCAUUUUAGAUUCAUCAAGUGUGUUUUCAUCCUUUAUCAUUGAUUUGUGUAAACUAC